CCGUAGAUGUGAUGCGACGUGUUUAGAUCGGCGAAGCUGACAGCAGAAGUUUGUGUUGUUCAUUCUUCAAAAAAUUAUAGUGUGACGAACAAUCCUUGUGAAGGAUUUAUUUGGUUUUGUUUUAGUGAAUAGAAAAAUAAUACACAGAAACAAGUCAUUGGAUUGCUGACGAUUAUCGGUUUCGAUUGCCAACCGGACCGGAAGAAGUCGAUAAAGUGCUAGUAGGCGUGUAUGGUUGGUGGUACAAUCAGUCAAACACAGAAAGGAUAGUUCCUUCCGGUUUGUUGUUAUUUUUGGUGUCGAGGGUGGAAAUGACAGCACUGUUUGUUUUUGGGGAAAAGAAGCUGAUUCAGUGAGGAUAAAAAUAAAUAUUUAUGAAACGAGUUGGUGGAACGCACGUGAAGAGUGCCAGACAAGAGCCGCGAUAAGAGCUACAAGGAAAAGAUUUGUUGAGACAGAGUCUUGAAGAGCGUGACGGCGGUGAACAGUGACGAAGUCUUGACAGAAAACGUUAGAGACUGUUUGAUGUGGAUUGGAGUGCUUGUCAUAAUCGAAAUACAGAUUAGAAUUCGUUAAGUUCGGUGGAGGAGGACUUACGAACGGUGGCGUCGAAGGAUUGGAUACAGUUUCAAUAUGAAUGCCAUGAACGCCAUAGCCAAGAUGUACCCGAAGCUGAGUGCCGUGGAAUUAUCAGCGAUUCUGAUGAAAGGUGCUGCAAUGUCUGCUGCUUCGCUUGAACGCGAUUCUGGUUUCAACUCGGGAAGUUCCGAGCAUGAAGAUGAUCUCAAAAGUCUAGAUCAGAGCUCUCGCGAUGGAUUGAUCACGCCGGAAAAUAAUUCCGUGGAUUCGGUCGAAGUCAAGCUACCUCAGACAGUGCCAAAAAACAAACGAAAAAGUACAGAACCAUUGAGGGUGAUUUCAGAUUCAGAGUUACUGGGACCAAUCAAGAAACGCAUCCGGUACGGUGAACAGGUCCGUGAAGAAAGAGAAAGUUUGGAGCAUCACAUCGGUAGUAAUCCUUUUCGACCAUGGGCACCCAGCGAAGUGAUGCCCGGCGACAAUCCACUUCCCGCACACUUCCCUAACCCGGCAGAUCUGCUGGUCAGACACCCGGGAGUCACCACCUUACAUCGUGCCAUCACCAUCAAACCGCUGGAUCAACUUCAGCAACAAACACCCUGUAGUACUCCUUCCUCAUCGUACCAGCAGCAACCGCUUGCUUUGAUCUCAAAAAAAUCUGAACCUUCCAACCGACUUAAGCCGAACGAAGAUGCCAUCCGGCGGAACCUCAGCCUACUGAACCAAACUGACCGCUCGGUUUUCAUCCCGCCCCAUCCGGUGAGUGAUGAAUCUUCGGAACCACUGGGUAAAUCCUCGCACCCGCGAAACUACAAAAACAUGACCCGUGAGCGACGAAUCGAAGCAAACGCUCGCGAGCGUACCCGAGUGCACACGAUCUCCGCUGCGUACGAAAAACUCCGCCACGCAGUCCCCGCCUACUCCAACUCGCAGAAAUUGUCCAAACUUUCCAUUCUGCGGAUCGCCUGUUCUUACAUUCUAACCCUCAGCCGGAUGGCGGGCGAGGAUUACAGUGUCGACGGAUCGGAACCAUCCGUCGACGAGUGCGUCGAGAUGGUAACGAAAACAAUCCAAACCGAGGGUAAGAUCAAGAAGAAGAAGGACGAAUGAAGGCUGCUAGGCGCGCUGGGUGACGUUUCAAUCGUCGAAAAACAACGCAGUCGUGCUGGUAGUGAUGCUGCGAUCGCACACUAAUCGAAACGCUUAGCAAUUGUGGAAGCUGACAAAUAGAAUUUGGAUGGCUUCCGGCCAAAUAAAGAAGAUUCGUCUGAAUGUUCCAAAAAAAGCAACUGGUUUUGUUGGAUCUUUCUGACAGUUAGUAGGUGACUGUCAAAUAUGAUAAGAUAAAAGUUUUUUUUUUAUUUAUUUGCUGCUUGGUUGAAGGGUUCGAUUCAUAUCGCACGUGAAUCUAAACACAGCUCAUGUAAACUAGGACUAUAUUAGAGGUGAAAACAAUGUGAGAGUACAAAAUAGUUGAUCAGGAAACUAGCAGGUCUGAAACGUUGCCAUAAGAUUUUUCGACUUAACAGUACAUCGAGACAAUAAAAUCGCCAAAUUAACAAUACACUAAUGUGCGUUGUGAUUAGUAGAUUCCAUGAAACAGACCAACAGCAGGUGCCAUUGCUGAUUCCCACAUCUGUUUUAAGUUUUUUUUCCGCAAAUGGCAGAGUUAUAGUUAAUUGACACAAAUACAGAGAAGAAGCAUUUUCUGUUUUGCCAUAUGCCAAUCAAGCUUCUAGCAGGAGGAAUUCAUUCGCACUAAUGAACCGAACACUCGUAGUUUCAGCAGUCAGAGUCUAAAUAAAAGUGAGUGGAAAUAGUUUCUCAGCAAACAAUUAACUGGUCUUCAGUAGUUAGUAUUUUAAAACUUGUAAUUAUUAGUAGAUCGUAAGGAAUAUUUAUAAGCAAAUUCAAUUUGUGGUUGUUUUGUAAACAAUUUUAAAAUAUAAAACAGUAUCUUAAUUUUUAUUGAA